UUUUUAUCCUUUUGGUAAGUUGCAUCAUCACACUUACCAAACCAAAAAUUAUUUAGUAAAUUAUAAUUGGGAAUUAUAAUAAUAAUAUUCCCAUAAUAAGCUUUUGGGUGGCCCCCACCCCCGCCAGAAAGGAUUCAUAAUUUCAUACUCUCCCCCUUUUUGGGAUUUUGCCCUCCAAAUAUGCCAAGUAUCUUCCGGCAAAGCCCGCAUUAACUCUCCAGUGUCACAUGAAUUUCCUCUAUUACCCUCGCCGUACCUCUUAGAAUUCACUACUCACUCCAAGGACGCAACUGUCAUUUACCAGAAAUUGCUUCUAAACGACGUCGUGUUAACGCUCCAUCGUCCGCCAGGGAAAAAUUGCCGUUUUUCAUUUUCGAUUUCAAGAAUCCGGCUACCGUGUGAAUUAUAUCAACGUUGGUGAUUAUGUGCUGCGGAUUUCGUAUUUAUCCACAUGUGUAGAAGAGUGUAAAUUAAUUUCUACUUCUGGAUGAAAACCCUAAUUUUUCGAAUAAAGCUCAAAUCUUGACGUUUUUCCGUCAAAUUGAAGCCGUGGUUUUCAGAUUUCCGAUUGAAACAAUUGAAUUGAUCCAUGUCAAUGGCGAGUCAAGAAGACCAGGAUUUGAAGAUGGCCCUGAGAGAGAGCAUGCAGCAGCACGAGUCGCCGGAGCCGAAGAGGAGCAAGCCAUGGGAGAAUUCUGCCACCGGAGUCGAGCCGGAGGAGCCUCUGGAGGUUAGAAAUCGGCGCACACAGCGCGAAUUAAUGGCUGCAGCUGCUGAGAAGCGGAUGGCUUCUACCAGAAGCUAUGCGCCACCGGCAACAAAGAACGUGGAGAUUGGGAAGAACGUGCAAAUUGCAGACAUGUGUAUGGAAGAGGUCAAAAGUCCUGUGGCAACGGCAGUGAAGACUGUGGAGAGCGUUGAUAUUAGAGGUUUAGAAGGUGAUAUCAAAGGUAAAGGUGUGAAUUUUGAGCAGAUUGGGGGCAUUAGUGGAAGAAUUUCCGACACCUCCUUAUCGGUCUUGGAGGCAGAUGAACUAUUUUUGAUGAUCUUUGGGAACAGAGUUAGCAAAGAUGUACUUGCUCAGUGGAGCAAUCAGGGUAUCAGGUUUAGUGCUGAUCCAGAGACAUCUAUGGGGCUAGUUCAGCACGAGGGUGGGCCUUGUGGUGUGUUAGCAGCUAUACAAGCUUUUGUACUCAAGUAUCUUCUAUUUUUCCCAGAAGAAUCUGAUAAUGUUGCAGCAAACAUGCCCAUUAAUUUGUCUAUGAGAAGAGCUCCCAAUAAUGUAUCUGCUGCCUCAGAUAAUUUAUCUUCUCUUUCAGAAGGAAAAAAAUCGAGAGCCCUUGUGAGGAGUAUGAAUGAGAUACUCUUUCUAUGCGGACGUAAUGAAAGAGCACUAAUAGCAUCUCUGAAUAUUCUCGAGGGCGAUUUUGUGGGGUCCAUGAAUGGCUCGGAGGACGAGAUUAUUGCUAAAGUACUUGGAGGUCUUUCUGUUGAAUCUGGGUCUGACUUACAGAAGGUUCUGAGAGUUGAUACCUUCACAUCACAGUCGAGCGCACUUCAGAAGCUAGAAGCUAUGCUUCCUAUUUUCCGUAGUCGUAUGGGAGCUUUGCUUUUCUUGAUCUCUGCCUUGUUAUCUCGAGGACUGAACAAUGUUCAAGAAGACAGGGACGAUCCAAGUCAACCAUUGGUCACCGCUCCAUUUGGACAUGCAUCACAGGAAAUUGUAAACCUACUACUCUCUGGGAGUGCUGUUGCAAACGUGUUUGACGGGAAGAUGGAUUUGGGAGGGGGCAUGUUCGUAAAAGGCAUCUCGACAACUGUGGAAGUUGGAUUCCUCACUCUUUUAGAGUCACUCAACUUUUGUAAAGUGGGCCAGUAUCUGAAAUGUCCCAGGUGGCCAAUUUGGGUCGUUGGAAGUGAAUCUCAUUACACAGUUUUAUUCGCACUCGACACCAAAGUGCAAGAAGAGAAUGAACUGGAAAAUCGAGAAUCGCAAAUCCGAAGAGCGUUCGAUGGUCAAGAUCAAAGUGGAGGAGGUGGAUUCAUCAGCGUUGACGGCUUUCAUCAAGUGGUUAGGGAAGCCAAUAUUAACCUUCCAACCGAAAAAAUCGAGCAUCUUUGCAGUACGGGUUUUAUAGUGUGGAGUGAAUUUUGGCAGGCUCUUUUGGAUUUGGACAAAAAUUUGGGGGGAGUUAAGGAUUCGACUGGAUUGAUGGGUAAGAAGGUCUUUGAUCUUUACCAUUUCAACGGUAUUGCAAAAUCGGUUGUCAAUUUCAGCUAUUUGUACGGAAGCGAAAGUCCGGUACAGAAACCUAGAAUAACGAAGUUGAGGGUUUCGGUUCCUCCGAGGUGGACCCCAGAGGAAUUCAUGGCGGAUGUACCGGUGACAUCUGGCGCGGGUGGUAAUGAAUUUGGUGGCGAGGUAUCUAAGCCUCCGCCACGUCAGCAUGCACCGUUGGUUGAUUGCAUUAGAACGCGUUGGCCUCGUUCUGUUUGCAAUUGGGAAGGGGAUGCUCCUAGUAUCGUCUAAGUAUAUUUAUUUAUUUAUAUUGGAGCUUCUUUUUUUUUCAUGAGUGGGAAAAAAAGGGAAUGGUUGCAGUUGUGACCAUUCAUGUGAGAUGCAAACUACAUAUUUUUUUACAAAAACAUCUCAACUGUGAUGUAGCAUUAGGGUUUUAAUUUUAUUUGAAGUUUGUGCAAUACUCGGGGAGGGGAAAACGAAGGAUUUUCGUUGGAUUUUAUUAUUUUAAAUUUAAAGAACUACAGCAGAGGCUACUGAUUAUGAAGUUGUAUGAAGAACUGGGAGGGCAUUUUAUAGGCCAGAUAUUCAUUGUUGUAAGCUAGAUGUAUUUUCCCUGUCAAAUGUUGUUGUUUAUUAAACCAAGUUGUUACUGUGACAU